CAGUCCUCCAGUUUCAUGUCAUACGAGAAUGUCAACUUAACAUGGUCAUGCCCAUACCCAUUUUAGUUUACUUCUAAUGUGAUUGAAUUGGGCUUUUGAUAAACUGUUGUAACUUGUUCUCUAGGCUAAGGUCUAGUGUUUUCAACCAACAAUCAUGGCCGAUGUCAAUAUCAGCCAGAGUCUGAAAGACUUUAUGUCACGACCUAAGAAUGAAACUUCAUCUUCAGCCAAAUAUUCCCUACUUAGCACCAACUGGUUUUCAUCCUCCGAAGACAUAGAAGACAAACCUCAGACGGAGGUAGCUAAUGGAUGGUUUGCUGAUGCACAGUCUGACCCCUUGUGUCCUAGUCUUUCAAAGAAACAGAGGAUCCUUGGCUUCAUCGUCUGCCUAUUGAUGGGAACGUUUUGCUUCAGUUUGGCCAGUCUCUACAUCCCCUUCCUAGUAUUGAAGGCCCGCAAGUUUGCACUCUUGUACUCCAUGGGAAGUCUCUUUGUGAUAUCUAGUUUUGCUUUGUUGUGGGGACCUGUUCAUCAUGUAAAGCAUCUAUUUUCCUUGAGCCGGUUACCAUUCACCUUGACCUACUUCGGGACCAUGUUCGCCACAUUGUACUUCUCUUUGUGGGUGAAGAGUACAGUUUUCACUGUCAUUUUUGCUGUUGCACAAGUCGUUGCUUUGAUAUGGUAUGUGGUGAGCUACAUCCCAGGAGGACAGACGGGUCUCAAGUUCUUCACCAGUAUAUUCUACGCAGCCGCCUCAAAGACAGUGGGCAAAACUCUGCCGGUUUAGUGAAACACUCGGAAGUUUGACAUGUAGGGAGGACUCCUCGGCCUUCCCUUUCCUUCACACCAGCAUAGCUGCCAAUCAGGAUGUUAAAAAAACCCUGUAUUUAUUACGGUACGGUUUUUGAGAGUUUGAGUAUAGAAGUCCGUUUUUGUGUUGAAAAAUACGCCUUCUCAGUCUGCUUGUAUUGCUCCUCACGCACUUGCAGAUUCUGAUGAAAGAUUAUGAACUAUUAAGACUAAGUUUGUGAUUCAUGA